AUAGCCUCGCCUCACUUUAUCUCAAAAGCGAGUGAUUUAUUGAAUUAGGCAUAGUCACCUCAUUGGCACGCAUUUGCACUCUUCGGUUGCUGUCCUCUGGAUCAUAAUUGCGAGAUAUUAAUUCACUUUUUUUAAAUCACAAACACCCCCCCCCGAUUGCCCAGCAAUAUGGUUAUAAUAUCUCCUCGGAUUCAGUUCUACGAAAUAACUGACCAGCCAUGGUUCCCUGAAUACUUCAUGAGGAAGGUCCAAUCAUGCCUCACAGUUGCCUGGAAUUUCCGAAUGCCAAUCAUGCAAAAGCACUCACCGGCGCAGGUCGUCUCGAGCAUUCUUUACAAUACCCUUGACAAAUCAGUCACUAAAUAUACAUAUAUCGACUUUUGCGCAGGUGGUGGUGGUCCAACUCCCUGUAUUGAACGGGAAUUGAACCUGAAAUUGGCAAAAUCAAAAUCAUCCUCAGCCAACAGCGAGCUCAACCAACCGGUCAAAUUUGUAAUGACCGACCUAUACCCUCACAUUGCGGACUGGAAAGAGGCUUGCAGCAAAAGCAAGAAUCUGACAUUUGUUCCGAAACCCGUCGAUGCUACGAAUGCGCCGGCUGACUUGAUAUUGGGCGACGGGAAGAAGGUCUUCCGCAUGUUUAACCUCGCAUUCCACCAUUUUGAUGAUAGCCUCGGCCGCGAAAUACUCAAGAACACGCUGGAGACUUCUGAUGGCUUUGGCAUCUUCGAGCUCUCUGAGCGGACACCUCCAUCACUCCUCAUGAUAACCCUCAUGGGACUUCUUUUCUUCUUCAUUACCCCGUUCUACUUUUGGAGAUCACCCGGACACCUCUUUUUUACUUACGUUAUUCCUAUUAUACCUUUUGUAGUCGUGUUUGACGGCUACGUAUCGUCGCUGCGUACGAGGACAGCAGACGAGCUGUGUUCGCUCUUGAAAACGUCAGGAGGGGAUAUGGAUGGGUGGAGCAUAAGAGGUGGUCGUGAUAUGCAUACUGAACCCCUUGGAUAUGUGACGUGGGUUAUUGCAGUAAAGGAAUAAAUAGACAUUUUGUUUGUGCAUCUUUAUACCAUAUUUGUUAGGCCUGA